AAUGGUGAAUUAGUGAGCUCAAAAAUAUUUCUACCGUAGCUUCUUUGUACUUUGAAGCCUCUCUCUUACCUCUGCCUAAACAUCUUGCACCCACCAACCCGCCCAUCGUCAGCAAAAAAAAUGUCACCAACCGCAUCUAGAUCCUCUCUUCGAGGAGUAGGAGGAGUUGAUCCUUCUGCUCCAGGCAACAUCAUACGUGCCGCCCUUGCUUUCGAGUCAGUUGUCACAGUUGGUGUGGGUGCCUACUAUGUAUUAUUUCCACGCCACUAUUUGCUCCACACAAUGGGAGCUGCUGCUCCUCAAGUCACGACAACAGCAUUACAAUCUGCUCAGCAAUUUGGUGCUUCGAACGUCCUCAUCGGUACCACUGUUGCCCUCUUUAUAUCCAACACUAAGAAGGCGGUUGAAUCCCGUCAGAUACUAUAUUUUGUCAUACUGGUCUUUGAGCUUUUAUUUGUUCCACUACUAGUAUGGCAAGCGUUCAUGAUGGAGGGCGGCAUGCUAAGAGAAUCGUUAUUGGCUGCAGCCGGGCAGUUUGUACCUUUCGUGGUAUGGAGAAUUUUUACACUUGGUUGGAAGCCUGAGUGGUUUGGCCGAUAUCAGGAGGGGAGGAAGAUGGAGUAGGAUGGCAAUUGUUCUCGUAUACUGCUGAGGAGGGAACAAGCCAUGAUGUUGCUGUAAAUUGCCUUAUUUGUCUUUUUUUCUCAGGCAUACGAUUAUGGGAUGUAGGAGGAAACGGAUCAAAUCGACAGACAAUCCGAAGAGGAUGUGUCGAGUAGAGUAACAAGAUUAAGCGUAUCUGUAAGCUUGCCAAUAAGAGAUUAGUCCAUCGCCAUGAAGCUUAGAAACGCAUAGAUCCCUUGUUCACUUAUCUCAUGCACUGUGAAAGCAAAAUUCCCUGUCUGAGAGUUUCUCUGGAGUUCUUAUCGCGAUGCAUGGCCCCUGAAUUCCCUACGUGGACGUCCAGACGCUGUAUGAAUGCUCGGGUGAGGCGAAGCGAAAAUCGAAU